AUGGGAGGAGCUGUGUCUGUUGAAAACGCUGAGAUCAUUUACGUUGCCGAAGAUGGCGCCAUUGGGCUCACGGAGCCUUUCGCUUCCCGCUUUGAGAACGACAUGCCAUUUGACAUCAAACGCCCCGUGGUCACCCACCAGCACGAAGCUCUGAUCAAGGAGAAUUGGUCUGCCAUCUGCCAGGGCACUUCGGCGUUUGACGCGGUCAAGCACCUAACGCCGACAAAGUUCUUCUAUCGGACGUUCUACAACGUCUUGUUCGAGACGGCGCCGUCGCUGCGUCCGAUCUUUCGAUCCAGCAUGACCGUGCAAGGCAAGUCGUUGGCGGGGAUUAUCAAGACCCUAGCCACAGUCAUCAACGGCGCCAACAUCGUGAGUGCGGCCCAAGGACUGGCCAAAGGGCAUCUCAAGUACGGGACCAAGAAGGACCAUUACACGGUGGUGGGCCAGAAUUUGCUGCAAACGCUGGAAAUCGUGAGCGGAGACAAGUGGACUCCAGAUAUUUCUACGGCGUACCUGACUGCGUACAGCUUGAUCUACUUUGUGAUGCUCCCCGUGAUCCUAAACAACGAGCCGGUCGAGAUCACAGAAAGCCUGCCCGCGACGAUCUCCAAGUCGGAGCCAAUUUCAGCGACGGCCAAGCGACUCACGUUGACCUUUGACUUUAACUUGCGGUUCCAUCCGGGCGAUGCGAUUCUUCUGGGGCUGCCUGUCGCCGAAGGGGGAGAAGUGAAGCGGCACUAUACGAUUGCCUCACUCAGUGUCGAAGGGACCAACACCAUCGACAUUGUCGUGGACGACGUGAGCGCGUCGUCGCACUGGCUCGUCACCCAUGCGACUGGAGCAACCGUCAAGUUGUAA